AAAAGAUACCUCCUCUUCUUUCUUUCUUUCUUUCUUUCUUUAUUUCUGUCUUUCUACAAUGAGGCAAAAGUAAAGUGGCUCCUUUGUUCUCAUAACAGCAUUCUUCGUUUCAGAGGAACUUGAUUUGGAUGGCGAAAUUGCAGACCGAUUCUCCAUUCUCCCGUCUAAUCGUCCGCGCCUUCUUUUUGACUUCCUCGACUCCGGUACACUCCAUUAUCGAUCUCUCUUUACUUCUCGGUGAUAUUGUUUCCUUUUGGAUAGUUGAACCUGCUCCAGGGGUUGAUCUUGAAGGCCUCGAGGUUGCCAGGGAAUGUUUGAUGGAUGUUUUCAACUUGAUUCUGCUUCUGUUGAUGAUGGUGCAAAAACUGAUGCCAAAAACUGAUGCCUUAAUUGAUAUGUUCAGCUCGUUGGAACAAAGUGAACAUCACAAAAUUAAGUCGGAUAUAGGUCAAAUAGGCGCUUCGGUUGAUGUUCCCAGCUCAUCCUCUUCCCCCAAUUUUGUCCAUGGAAAUUCUUCAGAUGCAUCAAAAUCUCCGGUCAACUAUGUCUUCCUUCUUGCGAUCUUUUUAUCCCAUGCCACCACCGUCUCUCCACUGAAGAGAAACUGUGAUUUUCCAGCAAUCUUCAACUUUGGUGACUCAAAUUCAGACACAGGUGGGUUUUCUGCUGUGUUUUAUCCUCCUACUCCCCCGUAUGGAGAGACAUUUUUUCAUAUGCCGGCCAAGAGAUUCUCUGAUGGACGCCUCCUGAUUGAUUUCAUUGCUAAGGGUCUUGGUCUUCCAUUUCUGGACUCAUAUCUUGAUUCUCUGGGAACCAACUUCAAUCAUGGUGCAAAUUUUGCCACGGCUGGAUCCACCAUUAUAUUACCGAAUAGCAUUAUACCUAAAGGUGGUUUUAGUCCAUUCUACUUGGAGCUGCAGUACUUGCAAUUUACGCAGUUUAAAUCCAGAUCAGAACUGCUUAGGGAGCAAGGUGGGAUAAUUGGAAGUUUAAUGCCCAACAAGGAAUAUUUUCAAGAAGCUUUGUAUACAUUUGAUAUCGGCCAGAACGAUCUAGCUGAAGGGUUCUUUUCUAACAUGACCGUAGAGGAAGUGAAUGCAUCUGUUCCUGGCAUAGUCAACAAAUUCUCAACAAAUGUUAAGGAAAUAUACAGUCUGGGAGCAAGAUCAUUUUGGAUUCAUAACACAGGACCCAUUGGUUGCCUGCCCUACAUUUUGUCCAACUUUCCCUCUGCAAGAAAGGAUGGUGCUGGCUGCGCGAUGCCUUACAAUGAAGUAGCUCAGUACUUCAAUGUUAAGUUGAAGGAGGCCGUAGUUGAACUUAGGAAGGAAUUCCCUCUUGCUACAUUCACAUACGUGGAUAUCUACUCUGUCAAGUAUUCCCUCUUUGCUGAACCACAGAAACACGGAUUUGAGCUGCCACUUGUAUCCUGCUGUGGGUAUGGAGGGGAGUACAACUACAACAACAAUGACAUUUGCGGAAGCACAAUCAUGGUUAAUGGCACAGAGGUGUUUAUCGGAUCAUGCAAGAACCCAUCAGUUCGAGUGGUAUGGGAUGGAAUUCACUACACUGAAGCAGCUAACAAGUUUAUUUUUGGUCAAAUUAGAAAUGGAUCGUUCUCAGACCCACCAGUUCCACUGAACAUGGCAUGUUAGAAGACCUCUGUUUAAGAUGGUAUCAAAUAAAAUGUAGUCAUGCGAAUCUAUCUCCUGCAUUAGUGUCUUUAAAUGGGAACGAAUAAAUUGCCUUUGAACCU